AUGCCUCUGUCGACUGAUUCGAACAACUCGCCAACAACGCAGAGAACAGAAGACCACUCUGAGCACAACGACAGUUACCCGGUCGGACAUGUCUUCCUCCCCGAAUUGCAAACAAAUGCGAGAGAUCAGGAAAGACUACUCGCCGAAAUACCACCAGGAACCUCCAAUCUCCCAGAUCCAGGUCUGCAGCAGACAUUUGCAGAAACCUACUUUGAUUAUUGCUAUACAUGGUGCCCUGUCCUGGACCGAGAUUCCCUACCAGAUGAGCUUUCAAGGUCACCCUUGUUGGUGAAUGCACUGGCUUUGGCUAGCAGUCACAUCAAGCCCCCGAUGAUCCCCCAUGACGGACCAGCCUCUUACUACGACCGAGCACGUAGGCGAUUCUAUGAUGACGAAGAGCCCGAUGUAAUGACCUCCCUCAAGGCGAUCUCUUUAUUCUACUGGUGGAGUCCACGCCCUCCUACAAUUCUCCAUCGACAUUCAUCUUGGUGGUGGACAUCGGUGGUUAUCCGCCAUUGUCAGCAACUAGGCAUUCACCGCGAGCCAGCUUUCGACCAUCCUCUUCGCCAACGAAUCGAUUUAAGUCUACGACGACGAAUCUGGUGGACGGCAUUUGCGCGCGAGCGUCUGACUGCGCUUUGCCAAAGCAAACCAUGCGCCAUCCACCCGGAGGAUUGUACGCUCUCCGAGCCUACAUUAGAAGAUUUCCCAGAUCCACGAGAUCAAACCAAAGCAGAAAUAUUCAUUCAUUGGGUACGAUUGUGUGCGAUAAUAGGCAAGGUCGCUGAGUAUCUUGCCAGAACCUGUACCUUGGCCCCAUGCACAUUCCCUGUGCGCCUAGCUCGAGAGCUCAUUGCCUGGGUACAAUCUCUACCGCCUCAUCUCCAGCUUCCUAUCGAGUCGGAUCGAACAACCUCCUUCAAUCGAGAAGUUCAUCAGCUUCACCUCCCUUACCUCGCUGUCAUCAUUAUCGUUCACCUCAAAAGGUCUUCUUCCUCCCAGCCACUUCCACAGGUUUAUCCACCUGCGAUACUGGCAGCCACAUGCAUGGCACGUAUCAUGCGAGACAUCCUUUCUCGCGGAGGGACAAGAUUCCUCAUGGCCAUCACAGGCUGGUACUGCGGUACAGCAUUCAUUGCCUUGCUCCAAGCACUCCGCAUCGAGGGCCUAGCGAAGGGUGCGAAUGAAGAUCUGGACAUCCUCACAAUGGCUGUAGAUCAGCUACGAGUGAUGUGGCCUACUGCCGCAGUGUUCCAUUCUGGAUUUGAUCGGAUACGAUCUAAUGCUGCGGCAUCAGAUGCAGAUUCCCAGCGGCCACCUGGUCCGGAGCUCGGUAUAGGCGAUAGGACUGGCUAUAUGGAGAUGGCCGAUGGCAUUGACUGGACUGCUUAUUUCCCCUUCGCGACGCCCCAGACCAGUGUUGUUGCAAACAGGCUUCUAGUUCCACAUACAGAAGAACUUUUCUUCGACGACGAUGUAUUUACCGAUGCAAUGCUUCAGUUUCAGGAUUUGUUUGAGCCUUGUGAUACCCUGUCGGAGACGAAUCUCUUCAUGUGA